AUGCGCCGCAUGCUAAACAUCGACUUGCAGGGGAAGCGCGCCCUGGUGAUGGGCGUUACCAAUGCUCGCAGCAUCGGCUGGGCGAUUGCCGACAAGCUCCAACAGGCCGGCGCCGAGAUGGCUUUCAGCUACCAGGGCGAACGCCUCAAAGGUGAGGUGGACAAGCUCACUGCUGACAUGCCCAAUGCCCGCAGCUAUCAGGUAGAUGUGACCCGCGAGGAAGAGCUCGCCGGGUUGUUCGAAGAUCUCGGCCAGGCCUGGGGCGGCAUUGACUACAUCGUCCAUUCGAUCGCCUUCGCGCCGCGGCCGGCGAUGGACGGGCGCUAUAUCGAGACCACCCGCGACGAUUGGGUGACGGCGCUCGAGGUGUCUGCCUACUCGCUAGUCGGUGUCGCCCGCCACGCCGAACCCUUGCUGAGCGAAGGCGGCUCGAUGAUCACCUUGUCGUAUUACGCGGCCGAGAAGGUAGUCCCCAAGUACAACGUCAUGGGUGUUGCCAAGAGCACCCUCGAAGCCAGCGUGCGCUACCUGGCUUAUGAUCUCGGUAGCAAAGGCGUGCGGAUCAACGCGGUCUCUGCCGGGCCGGUCAAGACGGUCGCGGCACGGAGCAUCCCGGGUUUCAUGAAGAUGUACAAGCGGGUCGGUGCGGCGGCGCCGAUGGGCCGCAACGUUACCCACGAGGAGGUCGGCAACCUAGGCCUCUUCCUGCUUUCGCCAAUGGCCUCGGGCAUCACCGGUGAGACGGUUUACGUCGACAGUGGCUUCCACGUCAUGGGCAUGGACCUGGGCGACUGA